AUGAAGCUUUGUCUAUGGAUAUAUGUGUCAGGAGAAGAAGGGAGUGUGAAUCAGCUGGGCGGUGUGUUUCUGAACGGUCGUCCUCUGCCCGUCUGCAAACGGAGAUUGAUGGUUGAGCUCGCGACCGAGGGUGUGAGACCGUGUGAGAUCUCCAAAAUACUCAAGGUCUCCAACGGCUGCGUUAGUAAGAUUUUGGGCAGGUUUCAGCGCACAGGGGCCAUUGGUCCCAAAGCAACGGGAGGCAGCAGACCCAGGCUCCUGACUCCUGACGUCAUCUCCAUCAUUGCGCAGCACAAGCGGCAGAACCCCACACUGUUCGCCUGGGAGAUCCGACAAAAACUGGCGACAGAUCGAGUCUGCAGAGGAGAUACAGUCCCCAGUGUGUCAUCCAUAAACCGGAUUCUUAAGAAGAUUCAUCUAGAUGUGGAUAUGAUGGGCAGUGCAUAUCCAAGUGUCAAACACAUUUACACAGAAGUGGAUGAGCAGAGGAGUUUACACACAACCGCUCAGACAAUUCAGCAACAAAUGGACACAACCCCGCGAGUCACCUCUCCUCGCAACAGAACAGCUUUCACACCAAAUCAGAGUGAGAGGUUAGAGAAAGAGUUCAUCCGUGGGCUUUAUCCUGACCUGCUGACCAGAGAAAAGCUGUCUGAGGAGACAAACCUUCCACAAGACACCAUAAAGGCAAUUCAGAUUUAA